UUCUGCUCAUCUGCCUCACGGGGGCGCACCCAAAAGCGUGCAAGUUAGGACUUCAAUUUACGAAUGGUAAAUGUGAAGAUUUGAAUGAAUGCCAGGAUGAAGAAGAUUAUCCUGACAUUGAAGGAAAAUGCGGCCAGAACGCCAAAUGCAUCAAUACUGAAGGCAGCUUCCAUUGCAGGUGCCACGAAGGAUACUGGACUCAGGGGGAAAAUAAUGUCUCAUUCAAUGCUUCAGCCUCUAAAACAUGUAUAGAUAUCAAUGAGUGUUUGGAGGAUCCAGACAUCUGUGGUCCACAUGCUACAUGCAUAAACAGUGCUGGAAGUUACAGCUGUUUGUGUGGUGAUGGAUUUGUCUCAUCCAAUGGAAAAGAAGUGUUUCGCAAAGUGGACAAUGUCUCAUGUAUAGACAGCGAUGAAUGUCUAGAGAAGGACAUCUGUGGUAAAAAUGGAACUUGCAAAAACUCAAAUGGAAGUUAUUCCUGUGUUUGUGAUGAAGGAUUUGUACUGAGCCAUGAUAAACAAUGUGAAGACAUUUGUGUGAUCAAUAACACAAUCUGUGGGAAUGGGACCUGCCACCUCGGAGCCAGGGGCCAUUACUGCGUGUGCCACUCAGGGUUCUCCAACUACGGCAUUGAACAGUCACGCUGCACUGAAUUGAACUGUGAUGUAUUGGAAGAUAUGACCAGCCAGAAGAAGGUCUUCGGCCCUGCUUAUGAUCUUAUGGUGAAACUGAAAGACCGAUGUAAAGAAAUUUCAGAAAGUAGAGUAUCCACGAUUCUUGACGGAGAGGAGAUGAUAGAGCUUCUGUUGCCCCUGAUCGACCAGCUCCUGUCCGGCAAGCCUUUCCGUGAUAACAGGAAAGUCUCCACCUUUUUGGAUGCGGUUGAGGGCAUUUUGAGGCUCAUUGGGCCCUUCAACACGCCCCCAGGAGUGAAGAAAUCCUCCAACUACACAGAUUUGGAGCUGCAUGUGCACAAAGGAAGCAUCUUGCCCCAAGGAAGAGUGGAAUUAUCACUGAAGCAAACCAAGUUGGAUAUAGAGAUGGAGACAGUUGCAGGGGAGCCCUCUCGGUAUCCAGGUUUUGCCGCAGUGUCAUUUCUGAGCUACAGGAAGUUAAAUGAAUCAGCAGAUGGCUUUUUUGAAGGUGUGAAAAAACAGAACAGAGAAAAACACAUAUUGAACUCCAACAUAGUGACAGUCACCGUUAGUAACCAGGACACAACAGACCUAAACAAACCUGUCUUCAUUACAUUAAAUCAUCUGCAACAGUUAAACCAGACAUCCCAUUGUGUGUUCUGGAAUUCUUCUAUGAAUGGAGGGGCGUGGUCUACUCACGGGUGUAAAGUUAACGAGUCCAAUCCCAAAUAUACAGUGUGCUCUUGUAACCAUCUGAGUAGUUUUGCAGUUCUAAUGGCCCUCUAUGAAGUGGACAAAUUCGAGUUGGAGCUCAUCACUUGGAUUGGCCUGUCCCUGUCUCUGGUUUGUCUGUUCAUCUGCAUUUUGACGUUUGGGCUGAUCCGCGCCAUCCAGAGUCAAAGAACCAAGAUCCACCUGCAUCUCAGUAUAAGCCUCUUCUUAGCCUUUGCCAUUUUCCUGAUCGGCAUAUCUCGCACCGAAAACAGGGUCGGCUGUGCAGUGGUAGCAGGUCUGCUCCAUUUCUUCUUCUUGGCUUCAUUUUGCUGGAUGUGUCUGGAGGGCAUACAGCUCUUCAGAAUGGUUGUGCUGGUCUUUAACACCUCCUUCAGAACAGUCUACCUGAUGGCAGCCGGCUAUGGAGUCCCAGCAGUAAUUGUGUCUAUCUCGGCCCUAGCUAAUGUCAAGGGAUACGGCACGGAGAGAUAUUGCUGGUUAAGCCUGGAUUCUAUUUGGGCUUUUUUUGGGCCUGCCUGUGUCAUCAUUUUUGUCAACAUCUUCUUCUUCCUGAUCACUGUGUGGAAAUUGGCCCAGAAGUUUGCAAGUCUAAAUCCUGAUCUUGACAACCUCCAAAAAAUAAAGACAUUCACUAUCACUGCAGUGGCUCAGCUCUGCGUACUGGGAACAAUGUGGAUCUUUGGCUGUUUCCAGUUUGAGGAAACAACAAUUGCCAUGUCGUACCUUUUCACCAUCUUUGCUAGUCUUCAAGGAGUUCUCAUUUUUAUUAUGCAUUGCUUAUGUUCUAAACAGGUAAGAGAUGAGUACAAAGACAUAUUGGCUAGAUGUUGUGCACCACAGAAGAAAACAUACUCCGAGUUUGGAUACACCACCAAAGCUCAGGGAACCAGGAGCACACAAGAGACAGGAGAUUCAAAUAUGUGACAAGCAGAGUGAGGACUGGAGAGGAGUCUACUAUUACUGUAAUUUCAAAGAUCAGCAUCUGCCUUGGAGCUGCUGGUCUGGUGGUUUACUGCACUGCUGUAAAAUGCUUAAAUUCCAACUUGAACUUUUUUCCAUUUUGUUAGACACAGUUAAUUUCAAAAUAGGAAAGCCUAAACAGUUAGAAUUAAAAAUGUUUCUAGAAUUGCUAGAAAUGCAAAGUGUCAGGAAAAUGGCCCUUUGUUAAACACAUACUGUAUUUUGGUCCAGUAGUCUGUAAUUUUCUAGUCUCCUCGUGCAGUCUAAUAGGUACUUCACAUCAAAUUAGAUAUACAAAUCAUAACAAUAGCAUGUGUAGUACACUGUAAUGCUAUAUACUAUAUUUUGAAUGGAUGUAAAAUGUUUCCUAUAUGAGAUGUUAUGAAAUAUCCCUUGAAUGUAAAUAUGGAUUCUGAUCUUAUUCGUACAUAACUGUUUAUAUUAUCAACAAAGUGCUUUAAACUGUUUAUACUGCAGGUCUGUGUAAAUGUUGUAAACAAAAUGUCUUUCUUAACCUAAUAUAUUUUCACAUCAUUGA